GUCAACCAAAAGAAGCAAGUCAACAAAAUAAUGAGAAGCUAAAUUUAAAAAAACGCGUUCUCCUCCGCCUUUAAUAUCUCCUCUGCUCGUCCCCGAAACCCAAACCACGAUGGCUUCGGUGCCGAACCAAACCAAGUUCCAUUUCACACAUCCAAACCACCCGUUGCUGUAUCACUCCGACAGCCACCAUGAUUACAUCUGCGACGGCUGCAAAACCCCCGGUUCCGGCAGCCGGUUCCGAUGCCAUUCCUGCAAUUUCGAUAUCCACGAAUACUGCGCCGAUUGCCCCGACAAACUCUCCUCAUUCAUCCACCACAACCACCACCUCACUCUGGUUCUCCGUAAGCCCAGCGGCGCUCGCCUGAACGAGCGAAUCUGCGACGUUUGUCGGGACCCAGUUGAGGGGCUGUUCUACCGGUGCAAAGACUGCGAUUUCGACGCCCACCCACUCUGCACCCAACUCCCCAAAGAGCUCCGCCAUGUGGUCGACAACAAACAUUCUUUGAAGCUCCAGAAGAUUCCGUACGGUAGCUGCUCUGUUUGCAAACAGGGCUGUUCUUCUCUUUGGGUGUACGGAUGCGAGAUCUGUAGAGUCAAUAUCCAUCUUGACUGCUUGAUUGGACCGGACGUAUCGCCGCCGAGUCAGACAACGUCUCGUGGGAUACGACCGCCGUGGACAGCCGGGCCGCCUCCGUUUCCUGGCGGCGUUCCGUGGAAUAGUGGGGGAUUUCCGUACGGUAAUUUUGGAAUGGGAGGGCAUAAUGGUGGUUAUGGCUACGCCGCCCCUUACAGCGUUCCCGAUUACCAUUUUAUGUACCCAAAUUAUGGAUUUGUGCACAGUAAUGUGAAUCAUCAGACGAGUGAAGCAGUGAAUGCAGCUCAGCCACCGCCGCCGUCGGCUAGUGGGGGAAAGCCUGGAAAGUCAAUGUUUGCUCUAGUGGGCAGACUGACAGUUGGCGUGAUGUCUAGUGUUAUUUUUGGGUUCCCUAUUGGGUUCUAGUCGGAUUUCGAUUAUUGUAACUGGAAAUUGAAAUGUCUUGCCUUUUCAUUGCAAUUCAAAUUCGAGC